AUGGCUGGAUUUUCUAUUCCAUCCAUGAGAUGGCAGUCAGACAACCUCCCGGAGGAAUUCGCCUCGUUUAGGCAGUAUUGUGAAUUGAUUUUCGGAGGUCCGUACUCAGCGAAGUCAGCGAAAGAGCAAUGCUCAUAUAUCCUCCUUUGGAUAGGCCGACCUGGUGUGGACAUCUACAAUUCCUGGACAUUUGCAGACGAAGCUGACCGCUUCAAAGUGGACGAAUUACUUUCCCGUUUUCAGGCCCACCUGCAGCCGAAAGUAAACGCGUGGCUGGCCCGUUUCCAGCUUCAACAGCAACGGCAAAAUGUGGGGGAAACCACUGACGAUUUUCUCUGUCGCUGUCGGAACUUGGCAGUGAAGUGCAAAUUUGCCGAUGCCGGUGAAGUCAACACCCGUUUGCUAGAGCAGCUGAUUGUCGGCACCCGACAUAAAACGGUACAGGAGAAGCUGUUGGAGAAGGGCGACCAGUUGUCGUCUCUUGACGAAGGGCUGGAAGUUGCGAGGACACAUGAAGCUACAGCUACCCAGAUGGCUCAGCUAACCGGGUCUCGCUCCGCCAGUGUUAGCCCUGCUGACGUAUCCUUUGUUAAAAAGUCUGCUCCGAAGAGAUCCAAAGAUUUCAAGAAAAAACAACAAAAAAAGAGUUGUCAAUUCUGUGGGAAGGAAGACCAUGAUCGUGCAGUAUGCCCAGCUCGAUCAGCUGAGUGUAAUUUCUGUAAGAAACAAGGGCACUUUGCUACUGUGUGCCAGAAGAAGCAACGAUCCUGUGACGCUGUACAUACUGUACCGCCAGAUGCGCAUGCCCCUGGCAUGUUUCUCGGCAGCGUCGAUGCCGGACGUGACCCUUGGUCUGUGUCGGUGGAAGUCAACAAUUCCCCAGUCAUGAUGAAGAUCGACACCGGAGCCGAUGUCUCUGUAAUUCCAGCAAGUGUAUUCCGCCUGUUAGAUGCGCAGGCCCUGCGACCCAGUCGUCGUACCCUGAUGUCUGCUAACUCAAGCGUCCUCGACGUAGCUGGCGUGUUCGACGCAGUGGUAACACAUGCGGGCAAGUCGUCUCGCCAAGAGAUUUUCGUUGCCAACAACCUCAAGCAGGCCCUCCUAGGACGCCCUGCAAUAGUCGCCUUGGACCUCCUGGACGUCAAGGCUGACAUCUCUGAAGUAUCGAGCGGUAUUCGCGACACCGCGACAGCACGAGCUGCAUACCCCGAUUUGUUCAAACCUCUCGGCAGGUUCACUGGAGAGCCUCACUGCAUUCGCCUCGAAGAAGGCGCCAAACCAUUUGCUCUGUCCUGCCCGCGCGACAAUGUGGCAAUACCGCUAAUGCCGAUUGUUAAAGCGGAGCUUGAGAAGAUGGAAAAGCAAGGCGUCAUCGUCCCUGUCGACGAACCAACUGAUUGGUGUGCUGGCCUUGUUGUUGUCGCCAAACCUGGAGGGGAGGCAGUCCGUCUGUGCGUUGACUACACACGUCUCAACCAACACGUUCGUCGUGAGCAGUUCGUCUUGCCGGCGGUAGACCACACGCUGGGUCAGUUGGGCGGUGCCAAGUAUUUCACAAAGCUUGACGCCAACUCUGGGUUUUACCAAGUGCCCUUGGCCAAGGAAUCCCAGAAGUUGACCACAUUUAUCACCCCGUUUGGGCGUUUCAUGUUCACGCGUCUACCAUUCGGUAUUUGUUCGGCUCCCGAACAUUUUCAGAAACGAAUGGCUCGGAUCUUGAACGGUGUGGUUGGUACCGCAUGUCAGAUGGACGACGCUCUAGUGUUCGGUAGCACUGAAGAGGAACAUGAUAACCGGCUGCACCAGGUGCUACAACGGCUCAGCGACAACGGCGUCACACUCAACCCUGACAAGUGUCUCUUCAAAGUCACUUCUGCCAAGUUCUUGGGUCAUAUCAUCGACCAAGACGGCAUCCACUCUGAUCCCCAGAAGGUGCAGGGCAUUCAAGACUUCACGCCAUGCCAGGAUGUCGCGGAUGUGAGAAGCUUUCUCGGCCUCGUCAACCAGCUUGGCAAGUUCUCUCCCUCACUUGCUUCCGUCUCACAGCCGAUCCGCGACCUUCUCAAGAAAGGCAAUGCCUGGUCCUGGGGACCCCCUCAGCAAUCGGCAUUUGAAGAGAUUAAGGCUCUUCUGUCGUGUACGCCUGUUCUUGCUCUGUACUCUCCCGAGUACCCAACUAUUGUCUCUGCAGACGCCUCGAGCUAUGGUCUCGGUGCCGUUAUCAAGCAGCAACAGCCGUCCGGCGAUUGGAAACCCGUAUCGUUCCAGUCUCGUGCACUACUGCCGGCAGAGCGUCGCUAUGCUCAAAUAGAAAAGGAAGCUCUUGGCCUCACCUGGGCUUGCAACCGAUUCUCUGAUUACCUCAUCGGUAAGAGAUUCACGCUGGAAACAGAUCACAAGCCUCUGGUGCCCCUGUUCAGCACCAGUGCUCUCGACUCUAUCCCUCCACGUGUACUCCGGUUCCGGCUCAACCUGAUGCGAUUUGAUUUCGACAUCGUACACAUCCCUGGCAAAGAUCUAAUCGUUGCUGAUGCCUUAUCUAGGUCACCUGCGUCGCGUCCUCUGUCCGCUGAUGACGUCCGCCUCCUCGACGACGCAGAAGCUUUUCUCGACAGUGUGGUUUCUCAUCUCCCUGCGUCCGAUGCAAGACUGAGUGAGAUUCAACACCAGCAGGCUCAAGACCCAGUGUGUCAACAUCUUGUGCAGUACACUCUGUCCGGUUGGCCAAGUUUACAGUCUGCUCCAGUGUCCGUUAAGCCCUACUACGCAUCCCGGCAGUCAUUCUGUAUCACAGAUGGCCUGCUCCUGUACGGUUCCAGAAUCGUCAUCCCGGACCAGCUCCGUCCAGAAGUCCUCCAGCAGCUCCAUGCUGGUCACCUCGGCAUCACGAAGACCCGCGAAAGGGCUCGCCAGUCAGUUUGGUGGCCAGGUCUAAGCGCCCAGUUGGCUGAUAUCGUGUCCAAUUGCCAAGCCUGCGCUCGUGACAAGCCAACGCCAAUGGAGCCCCUGCUGUCCUCACGUCUUCCCGAGUUCCCGUGGCAGGAAGUCGCUGCCGAUUUCAUGCAGUUCCAAGGCUCUCAGUACCUAGUUGUCGUCGACUACUACUCCCGAUGGAUCGAGCUUGCUCAGAUGUCCCGUACUUCUGCAGCUUCUCUCAUCACGCAACUGAAGUCCAUGUUUGCGCGUCACGGCAAUCCAGAUGUGUUUGUUUCGGACAAUGGUCCCCCAUUCACAAGUGCAGAGGUUUCAGCAUGGCUUCAAGAGCAAGGAACCACCCAGCGCACGAGCAGCCCUCUUCAUCCGCAAGGCAACGGCUUAGUGGAACGCGCAGUGCAGACCCUAAAGCAUUUGCUGGUGAGGGGAGGUGAUCCGUAUGUUGCUCUGCAGAGCUAUCGUGCCAGUCCACUAGCACAUGGCUUCAGUCCUGCGGAGCUCCUCAUGGGCCGCCGCAUCCAGACGCGUUUACCCAUGUCGGCAGACGUUCGACGGCCAUACCUCGUAGAUCGCACAGCGUUUGCCGCUAAAGACGCCUCUCUGAAGUCCCGGCAAGCGUCGGAUUUCAACUCCCGCCAUCGCGCUCUCGAUGCUACGCCACUGGUCCCGGGUACCGCUGUCUUUGUUCCGGAUAGGAAAGAGCCUGGUAUUGUCACUGCCGAGCAUUCCACCAGGUCGCUUAUCGUGGAGACGCCAUCCGGUUCGGUUCUCCGCCGCAACCGCAGUGACCUCAUCGUCGAUCCGCCUGCAGGUUCUGCUAACGACGCUGUGGACAAUGGUGAGCCAGCGUCACCUGCCCAACGUCCAUCUCCAGGUACUCCCGUCCCUGAGCGUUCCGGUAGAGUUACCCGUUCUGGACGUGCCGUUCAUACUCCUAUCAGAUUCCGUUAA